AUGACAAAACUUAAGGCCCUGAAAUUGCACCAGACAAAGGCCAAAUCAUGCAAAGCCAGCAUCGAGUCCUUCUCGCCAGCUCCCAUUCCGGAAAACCGCAGAAUACGACGUUUCACGACCAGGCCCAGACAUCGCCAAGUGCGCCGUGCCACCAUUGCCACAGCCAUGGACACCACUACCUCACCGUGCUCUGACACCAGUGCCUCUCCUCCGCAAAACAACACCUCUCCAACAACGAGCAGCCACAACAAUCGACGGAGAUCGGGUCGGACCCAAAUGAGAAGAACCACCAACCCGGCACCCAUUUCACCGGAGGACAACGCACCCGCAACAGUCGAUUCUCGCCAUACCGCCAGCAGCACCCCACCUGCUACUCCGAGGCACCAUACCGCACAGCCUGUGGUCAUCAUCUCGCCAUUGCCUAAUAGCAACUGGACGAGAAGCGAACCCUUUCUUUCCAGGCCCCCAUCACCACCUACGGACCAGCCACAUGUACCCGUACCAGAGGCUCAACCAAACCCCGGAUGCCCGCCACCAGCAUGCGCCCCGGUUGAACUUCAGCCUCCAACAGACCAGCAAUCGACGGAUGUCCCCAGCUGGGCCCUCGCCUGGAGAGAUCGAUUCAACAUAGCACUGGACCCUGAUAUGCUGGAGGUCAUGACCAAUGACCUCGUCACUAUGACACAAGAAAUGUGUGCCAUCAGGGUACACGAGCCCACCACAAAUCGCCACCAACAGCCUAUCACGGCAUGCGACGCCAGCAAAAUCCAGAAGCUGUAUAGGAUAAACAGGAAAAGGGCAAUGACCAUCAUAACUGAAGGCCAACCGACCUAUUGCGAAAUAGACAAAGACUGCCUCUACGAACAUUUCAGGUCAGUACAUUCCUCACCCACUGACUCUCAGGGCCCAUGCCCUACCCUUUUCCCACAGACGCUUCAACAUGACAACAACGACCCGCUGACAACGCCUUUUACCCCCGAGGAAGUAAAAGCUCGAUUCAGACGCUGCCACAACACAGCCUCAGGUCCUGAUGGUCUACGUUAUCAACACUGGAACCGCCUGGACCCUCAUGGUGUAAUACUGAGCAGCGUAUUCAACGCAGUCCUGAGGACUUCCCACAUCCCGCAAGGAUGGCAAAAAUCCAAUACCAUACUUAUCUACAAAGGCGGAGAUAAGCAAGACGUCACCAACUGGCGUCCUAUCGCCCUCUCUUGCACACUUGGCAAACUGUACACAGCUUGCCUUGCCAACCGCCUCCUAACCUGGUGUCUUGAUAAUAACAUCUUUUCCCAUUCACAGAAAGGCUUUCUCCCGUACGAGGGUUGUUUAGAACACAACUUCCUGCUACAAGCAUCAAUAAAAGACGCAAGACGCCAACGCAAGGACUGCCACGUAGCGUGGCUUGACAUUGCCAACGCGUUUGGAUCGGUACCACACCGCACCAACGCCCAAUGUCUCCAGUGGAGCGGCCUCCAUGAGAAGAGCAUUGAAAUCAUCAUGAACCUCUUAGCCAACAACUCCACAAGGAUCCGGGCCCAAGACGGAUAUACCGAUGACAUCCCAAUCCUCUCAGGCGUCAGACAGGGCUGCCCCUUAAGCCCACUUAUAUUCAACAUCGUAGUGGAAACGGCCAUCAAAUGCGUAAAGAGCCUCAACAAUGGCUACAACCUCAUGGGAGAAGAGGUAAGUAUUAUCGCCUACGCAGAUGAUCUUGCCCUCAUCAGCGCCACCAGAGAAGGCCUCCAACAACAACUGGACGCCAUCACGGAAUGGGCAGACUGGGCUGGCCUCCACUUCAAACCUAGGAAAUGCGCCACCCUCUCAGUCAUCGGCCCUCGGCACACCACCGAAAACAUCACUUUCAGCAUCCAGGGAUCCACACUUCCAAGCCUUAGCCCAGACGACACAUACAAACAUCUUGGCGUCCCGACGGGCUUCUCUACUCACCCAACGGACCCCGACAUCUUCAACAAAAUCUCCGAGGACAUUCCCCGACUUGACAGAGCUAAACUGGCCCCCUGGCAGAAGAUUGAUGCACUAAACACCAUUCUUCUGCCAAGGCUAUCUUUCCACCUUCUUGCAGGUUCCAACCCUAAAAAGCCACUGCACAAGUUGGACCGCCACAUCGUGAAACACACCAAGAAGUGGAUGAAUCUCCCACAAAGAGCCAGUUCUGAGAUCAUCAAUAUCCCCAACGACUUCGGCGGCGCUAACAUCCCAUCUUGUUAUACUCUAGCGGCCAUCUCUCAAGUCACCCAGGCAAUGCACCUGCUGACCUCCAAAGACCCUACCAUCUGCCUCCUGGCCACCAGUUUCCUCAAAGACGUGGUGAGAAAACGUAUCUACCGAGACCCGUCCCUCGAGGAUAUCUGUACCUACUUAAAUGGAUCCAUGAACGACGAGUUCGGCGCCAAGUCAUACGACAUCUCAUCAAUAUGGACGAGACUUCGAAUAGCCACUCGUCGCCUCCGCAAGACCAUCGAUUGCGGCUGGACCCCAGUAGGAAAUACCAUCGCCAUGGCCUGCGAGAACAACCUUACCAACAGAGCCAAUUGUACCAACGUUCUAUCUACCAAAUACAAAUUAGCUCAACUGAACUGCCUGCUAAGAAAACCCGACCAGGGUAAGUCUUUUAAAAUCAUUUCAGGACACCCUGCAAGCAGCCACUUCCUCAAGAGCGGUAAUUACACGACCUUCGCCGACUGGCGCUUUGUACACAGAGCUCGCCUCAGCAUCGUCCCCCUCCAUGGACAUCGGCGCUUCGGGAAUACAUCUAAGAAAUGCAGGCAGUGCAACUAUCCCCGAGAAACUCUAGCCCAUAUGCUUAAUCACUGUACUCGGAACUUACACAUGGCCACCAAACGCCAUGAUGCAGUCUUAAACAGACUCCACCACGCCAUCCGACCCGGAAACUUCGAAAUCCUCACCAAUCAACAGGUCCCCGGGUACAACGACAGAUGCCGACCAGACCUAGUGGUCAUUAGCGACACGGCAAAAACCGCAACGAUUGUGGACGUAUGUAUCCCCUUUGAAAACGGCCAAGACGCCUUUGAUAUAGCAAGACGAGCCAAGGAAGAAAAAUACCGCAACGUUAAAGAAUACUUCAGAAGGCAAAGCUAUAACACCACCUGCGACGCCUUCAUCCUCGGAUCCCUGGGAGGUUAUGACCAUCAGAACACCUCCGUCCUACAACGUCUCGGUAUCUCCCGCAAUUACAGCAGAACCAUGAUCAAACUCAUGGUUAGCGACACGAUUCGCUGGAGUAGGGAGAUCUACCACCACCACCUUCAACGUCCCAAUUAA